UGACUGGCAACCGUUUCCCGCUGCUGAACAUGAACGUCUUCGAGAAGCUGCCGGCACUCAACACCUUAGUACUAAAGCACUGUUCAAUAGAAGAAAUUGAACCACCUGCCCGGACCUUAAACGAUAUGUAUGCACUACAUUUGGAUCAGAACAAAUUAAAAUCGCUGCCGGACAUUUUCUUCCCGCCCAACACUUGGCUGCACAUACUCAUCCUGAGCGGAAAUCAGAUUACGAAACUGACUGCCGGGAACUUUGCUAAUCUGGACUUCCUGGAGGAGCUUGAUUUACGGGAUAAUCUAAUCGAGUCACUUGAGGCGGAAGUUUUGCGGCCACUUAGAAGUCUGGAAAUGCUGUACCUCAACAACAACAAACUCACCCGGCUGGAUGCGGGAAUGAUCCCGGUGCUUCCGGCGCUGCGGACACUUUCGCUGGCCCAGAAUCAAAUCCGCUCGAUUGCCGUGGGCGCGCUGAACCUCCCGAAGCUGGAGCAUCUCUAUCUGUCCGAGAACAGGCUGUGGAUGGUGGCCAACGACACCUUCAGUAAACUACCGAAUUUAUUAGGAUUAUUUUUAAAUGACAACGAAAUAAGCCAAUUCCAGAUAGGUUCGUUCACCGGCCUCCAUAAUCUCACCACAAUGAACCUCAAGGGAAAUAAAUUCACCCGAAUUGACAGCCGUGUGCUGCAGAAUCUCACCAGCCUGAAUCACAUACACUUUUCCGAGUUUCAUCACUGCAAAGCGGCGUUGCAUGUGAGGGUGUGUGAUCCGAAAGGUGAUGGCAUCAGUAGCAAAAGCCACCUGCUGGACAAUCCCGUUCUGAGGGCCAGCGUAUGGAUUAUGGCUGCGGUUGGAAUCAUCGGUAAUUUGCUGGUCCUGUUCGGGCGCUAUAUGGUCGGAACCAGGAGUAGCCAAGCGCACGCCGAGCACUCGCUGUACCUGAGGCACCUGGCCGCCAGCGAUCUUAUGAUGGGAAUCUAUUUGGCAAUUAUUGCCACGGCCGACAUUAUGUUCCGAGGCCAGUACCUGCUGUACGAGGAGGAAUGGCGAGCGAGUGGGUUGUGUGCCUUCAGCGGUUUUCUCAGCACCCUGAGCUGUCAGUCGUCCACGCUGCUCCUGACGUUGGUCACUUGGGAUCGAUUGAUUUCGGUCACCCGUCCACUGUACCAGCGGUCCGGCAGUAAAACCCGAGUCAUCCUGCGGUUGGCACUGCUCUGGGGAGUGGCAGCUUCGGCGGCGGCGGCUCCCCUCUCGGCCACCGACUACUUCGGACCGCAGUUCUACGGAACCAACGGGGUGUGCCUUUCGAUUCACAUCCACGACCCGUACGCCAUGGGCUGGGAGUACUCGGCCGGGCUGUUCAUCCUCGUUAAUACGUUCUCGUUGCUGUUCAUCGGGACGUCCUACCUGCGGAUGCUGCAAGCCAUCCGGGUUUCGAGGAACGAAACUCGAAACACGCUCAACUGCCGGGAGAAGAUUGUGGCGCGAAGGUUCGCCAUCAUCGUGGCUACCGAUUGCCUCUGCUGGAUGCCGGUGAUUGUCGUCAAAUUGGUGGCCUUGGGAGGCGUCCAGAUCUCUCCAUCAUUAUACGCGUGGCUAGCUGUGUUGGUCCUUCCGGUGAAUUCAGCCCUGAACCCGGUGCUCUACACAUUGACAACGGCACAGUUCAAGCAACAGCUGACGAGGUUCUUCUACUCGCUACCAUGUGGCGCUUCGCACGAGCUGAACGGGUACGAUUCAGCGAUAGAUUCGAGGAAUAGCCUAGCACAGAUGACGUACAGUACCACUGCAAAUGGAAGUACGAGGCGGAUACCCCAGCGAAAGGACCGCGGCUCGACCAACACCAAGGUGUACGAGUUCAAAUAGCAGACAACAACGGGGCUGGUCGGUCGCCGGCACACGGUGUCCCAUCCGCGUCGUCGAACCGGCGGUGUGGCAGCCAACCCGGACCACCGCAAUCAUCGGCACUGUUUCCUUCCCAUCCAGCAACAGCACCAGCACCUACAACUACAGCAGCGCUCGUCCAAUCCCGGUUCGCCAUCGUCAACGUCCGCCAUGACCGCAAUGACCGACUCGACGUUGACGAUGAUUGAGCCCUGUUCCGGUGGUCCGGCAGCAGGACCAUCAUCGGGCCCAACGUCACUGUCAGUUAGUAACAAUGCUGGCGCCGGUGGCGGUGGCUUUGGCAUCAUCAGGGGCAACAGCCUCAGGUUGAAGCCUUGUCUCAGCUUCGGUGCUACGAGCACCACAUCUGCUUCUGUUGGCGCUGCUACUGCCGCCUCGGGAUCCAGUCACAAAGGGGCCGUCGGGUUGGAAAUGGUCACCAUGAGGACUCCCCAGCGGAAGGGAUCGUUUCAGGUGCUACUGAAGAAGGAUAGCGUCCGCAGUCAGAGCAGCUUCGUUUGCGAGUUGUAAUGUGCGGGCGAAUGACCGAUGACCGCGAAGGUCGAGUUGAGGCCAAGGUAUAAUGCUGGCAGAAAUAAUGUGAUCGUUUGGGAAGGUGUUUGCUUAUUGUUCAUUUGAAGCUGAAAAGAAAGGUCAGGUCGAGAGUUUUAUAGCUUAUUAUUGGCUGCCUUAUUUCAUAAAAUUUUUAGAUUGAACCAAAAUACUCAGAUUUAGAGGAACCACAUGGCGACCGUGAUAAUAUGCAUCUCCAAACUCUUGAUCUUGGGGUUCCAGUUAGACUAGUGGUUAAGGCUAUGGAUCGCCAAUUCGGAGAUGGGGGGUUCGAUCCCCUAUCCGGUCGGAAGCUUUUUUCGACACCCUGUGCAUAGUGUAUCAUUGUGCUUGCGUCACAAUAUAAAAAAUUCAUACAAUAGCAGGCAUAGAAAGACCUUCAAUUAAUAACAGUGGAAGUGUUCAAAGAACACUAAGUUGAAGAGAGGCAGGACAAGUUCCAGUGGGAAUGUAUACCCAAGAAGAAGAAGAAGAAGAAGAAGAAGAAUAAGAAGAAGAACAUAACCUUGAUAGUAAUAAAAUCAGACGAUCACUUAAUUUCUGCCAGUACUGUACAAUGGAUUGCGUGUUUCAAUUGAUCCCUGGCGUAUCCAGACCGUGCUGCGGCACCGUGAUGGGAGGCCCGAUCUGUUCCAUUUAGGCCGCCGGCGAUGGCGAUGGGGAUGGCAAGUAUAACUUCCUACUGUUGGCCGACGUCAACAACGACGACGGUGACAGUGAUAUGUCUGUGAUGUUAAUUGGUUAGGACGGUUUAGGACGUUUAGGUGACAGGUUCGUCCACUGUGCCGGAGAUAGACUAGCAAGCGCAAGAGAUAACAUGUUGUACACAAAGUGCGUGAUAAACUGAUAGGUUUGGACGUCCCCGUUGGAAAGUGAUUCGAAUGCGAAACGACUUAUUGAAGUAAAUUGAUUGGAAGCUCAUUCGAAUCAAUUGUUAAACAAAUGGCAAAACUACAAGCGACGGUAGCUUUCAGGAGUUUUGUUCACAUUGGCCUAAUUGUUCCAGCAGACAAACAAUUGCAAUGGAUUUUUCGUUGAUCCACCAUUCGAAAUACAUGAAUAUUUAUGAAAUGUUUUUACAUAAGUAUAUGUAAAUCAGAGAAUUUAGUACCAUAAAUCAUUCAUAAAAUUCCAUUCUAAUGGAUUGUCUACAGCUGCUAAAUUACACAGCGUAACAAAAAUUAGCUUUUGGUCUGUCUCAAGAGCAAACUUAUGUGUCUCCGAAGGAUUUUGGGCUGCUGAAUCCGAAUCCGGGCCCAGAUUUGCUCCAACACGUCACAAUUUUGAGCUACACCUCAAUUUAUAGGGCAAAAUAUGCGAUUUUGGGCUUUUUUGACUGCAAGUUAUUAAGCAUGGACAUAUUUUUUUAAGCAACCAAAAGGUUAAAUGGCCAAUUAACAUCUAAAUUAAUGACUCAUGCAAAAUAUUUCGUUUUACCAAAUCGAAUUUGAUAGUUUUAAGCGAUUUAUGUUAGGUACGAUAUUUCCCAUACAAGUCAUCCUCCAAAAUUUGCAUGCAAGUUUUCAUAUUAACAUAAAAUGCUCAAAUCUGUCAAAUUUGAUUAGGUAAAACGCAAUAUUUUGCAUGAGUCGUUAAUUUAGAUGUUAAUUGACCAAUUAACCUUUUGAUUGCUUAAAAAAAAUAUUUCCAUACUUAAUGGCUUGCAGUCAAAAAAGCCAAAAAUCGCAUAUUUUGUUCUAUAAAUUGAGGUAUAGCUCAAAAUUGUGACGUGUUGGAGCAAUUCUGAGCCCGGAUUCGGACACACAAGUUUGCUCUUGAGACAAAAAAAAUGUUGCGCUGUGUUAUCAAAUACUAAUUUAAGUAAUAAAUAAAAAACAAACCAGUAAUGGCCAUGUACAGUUAAAAAAAACAAGAGUGAAACAAAAAACUCAGCAAAUACAAGCCAAAAUCUAAAAAACAAAACCAACGCAUUGUAGAGCAACUCUGAGAGCUUAGACCAUUUUAGAGACCUCUCCACGUAUAUAUUAAGGACUAUUUAAGAAGAAGAAAAAAAGAAGAACAAACACAAAAUCUCUCGAAUUUUCUGUACAGAAUUGUAAAAGAAGAAUUUGUAUUUUUAACUGUGGAACUUGGGUGAUUGAUGAUAACAACAAUAAAACGAUAUUUUUGCGCUUAUUUUA